GAUGGCGACACCGUGCAGGGUUCAGCUCACUACUCUGUCUAUUCACUCUGAUGUUAAUACCCCCAGUGAGAGUCAUUUACCCCAGACAGUGGAGUUAGUUACCCCUCCUGCCCCCCCCUCACUCAGUGCCAGGAUUGAGCUCGUGCUCUUUGAGCCGGAUGGCACGCGCUGUGCGGAGUUUCACUAUCCACAGCUCACAGAGGUGAGAGGAAGUGAAGUGGAUGGAGAUGGAGAUGAGCUUCAGGAUCUGGUCACAAUGUUACAGAAGAAACACGGUGAAGCUCCCAAACAGAGAGGAGACCGAGUGCAGGAUUUGGUGGACUUGGGCGACGGAUAUGACGACACUGACUCCUUUAUUGAUAACUCUGAGGCUUAUGAUGAGUUGGUUCCUUCAUGUCUGAACACUAAGUAUGGAGGAUUUUACAUUAACAUCGGGACUCUUCAGUUCAGACCAGCUUCAGGUGAAGAAAAAGAAAGCGAUGACUUUGAGGAGAACUUUAAACCCAAGAAACGGAAAUUGAAAGAAGGAGGCGAGGAGAAGACGAAGAAGAAGAAGAGAAAAGACGACGUUCGGCCCGAAGGAGAAAACACAGAACACAGCGGAGUGUCAGUAGAUAAGAAAAAGAAGGCGAAUAAGCAUCAGCAGAACCUGAAUGACCUGUUGAGGAAAUUUCACAAGGAGAAGCUUCAGGAGCUCCAGCUGUUUAACAUGAAGCUGACGGAACCUUCUCCAGCAGCCAACCAGGACUCCAACAACCAGGCCGAUUCCUCAGCUGAUCUGAUGUUGAUCCUCGAUGGUGCUGAUGAUCGUCACCAAGCAGCGGAGCAGGAUGGGCUCCUGACUAACGAUCAGAACCGAGAGACUCUACCUGAGACGCUUCCUACUUCACUUCCUGAUGCCCCUACACUGGAGCCCAGCUUACAGGAACUUCCUCAGGACGAUCAGUUGACAUUCCUGAUCCAGAAACUGGAGGAGACGGUGUUCAGAGUCAUGCCUGAGCAGAUCGACCGCUUCAACCAUCACUGCCGAGCUCACUCUGAAGCCAGAGCAGCCAAACUGGAGGUUGUGAAAGACAAGCAAGCUGGUGAAGGAUCAGAUGAUGAGGAGGACGAGUCGAGCGGAAAACGAGUUUUUGCACCUCGCAAGAGAUUUCGAUGGAAUGAGGAGAUCAGGGAGGUGUUAUGUGAGGUGGUGAGGCUGAAGAUGAGUAGAUAUGAGCUGGAUGCUGCCACUGAUCAGAGUUUAGAAGAUUAUUUGAAGUGUUUUUUGGAGGUGAGCGUGAAAACCCUGUGGCCCAGAGGAUGGAUGCAGUCCAGGAUCCUGCUGAUUGAGAGUCGAAGAGUUCAUGCUCACAUCACUGGUGUAGUGACGAGGAAGAGACCCCCGAGUGCUCGGAGAACUGAGAAGGGUCGCUGUGGAGCUGGAGUCUGUCCUGGGAAUACUGGGAAGAAGUUUGAGGAACAUGCGGAUGUUCAGAUGGUUCCUACUACCAAAGUGCAAUCAGGAGCGAAGUUGAACAGUAAGAUCCCGUCUACUUGUGGAGGUUUGUCUGUUCUUCCUGCUGAGGUAAAAAAACCUCAGAACAUCUCAAGUGUCGAUCGAGAUGUCUAUUUUCCCCAGAGGCACAUCUACAGAGCUCCUUUUACUUCAGCUGUGGCAGCGAUGGAGGGUUCAUGUGGAGAUCCAGCUCUUCCCACUCCAUCUCUCUCUCACCAGAUGUCCUCUCCUCCCAGUGCUCCAGGAUCAGGAGCGUUCAUGAUGGUUCCACCUCCACAUGCCGAUGCCUGUUUUCCUCAUGAUUUCAAACCUACUGCUCACAUGGAGAUCUGCACAACAUCCACACUCACCAGUGCUGGAACUGGAACCUUCUCACAUGGUGAGAUUCCAUGAUGGAAACUCCACCAUGUUGGACAGAAGUUUCCUACAUGACCCAACAUGCUGAUGUAGCUCUAAAACCUGCAGCUCUCACCUCUUCAUCUGUACACAACCUCCUACUUCUCAUCUGUUCAUGUCCUCGUAACACAACAGGACUUCACUGUGGUGUAAGAGCACAAACAUAAUAAAGUUCUGGAUUUUUAUUUAGAACAUUCCA